AUUCAAUUUAGAUAGUUUCACCACUUUUGGAUAGAUGUCUCUGCAAGCUAAUAGAAAGACCCCUUCUACUAAAUACAAAACAGACUUUACAUCCCGCGAGAAAAUACGAGAACUGGCAAAUUUGAGGACUUUUGGAAAAUAUUUUCAGGCAAAAAAUGGCGGCAGGAAAGGUACAAGCAAUACGUUCAUCCCUACCUUACCAGAUUCUUCUCUACUGCAAUGGCUGGUAUUAUGGACUGUUCUUCAUUGCUGAAAUUCUAAUCUUCAUCUACAAAGGAGAGACAUUACCAUUUCCUCCUAGUGCUCUCGGAGGGGAAGUAACAUUGUUGUUCAUCUUAGCUGGUAUUGAGGCAAUCAGGAUAUUCUUUGGACAAAAAGGCAAUCUAACAGAACGUAUGGUAGCCGUGGUGCUUUGUAUUGCCCUCAGUAUCCCCUCACUAUUUGGGGCCCUAUAUUUCUUACUAUGGCAAACAUACGUGUUGAGAAUAGAGGUAAUCCUUUCAGCGAUACAACUUGCAUUUCUUGGACUAGAACUCAUAUUUGGUGUAAUCUCAGUAGUGACCUUCGCAAGAGCAGCACCUUAUUGAAAUAUGGCAAUGAACUGCCAAUAUAAGUCCAUUGAGAUCUCCUAUCUACUAGAGCUAACAAGGGCCUAGUAGUAGGAAUGUAUGUAUGCAGCUGAACUUAGUGCCAAGAUGACUGCCAACUACAUAUGCUAUUUACUAGAUGGUGUAUGAAUAUAACAUGAAAGUACAAUUGGAACAUCUAAUGUGUGUACUAGGUAUCCAUUCCAAGGAUUGUGUUAAUGAUGAAAUAUAUGCAGAUUGUUGAGACUGAAGUAACAGACUCACAUGUUUUAAUUAGGAGCUCA